AAACGACAGGAAGGCCAAGGCGUAGCCUGCGCCAUCUUCGAGUGCCUCACAACAGAGGCCGCCGACACCCUCAUCCGCGACGGAAUGGUAGUCAUGCACCGCAAGCUCCGCCCCAGGAAGGACCGCAAAGAGCCAAUCAAGUGCGCAAAAUGCCAGCGAUGGGGCCAUGUCGCCGCACGAUGCAAAGCAGAAGGGGACACCUGCGCCCACUGCGGCGAGGGGCACCGAACGGACAAGUGUAGCCGGGGGACAACUGUACGCUGCGUGUCCUGCGAUAGCGAUACGCACUCGAGCUCGGACCGAUCGUGUCCCGAGUUCUUGAUACGGUGCGCGCAGAUGGACGCACGCAACCCGGAGGGUGUGCUCCCAUACUAUGGGGUGCAGGAGGUGGUGACU